AUGCCGGCCACACCUUCUAGCGUUAUUCUAACGAAACCUGCGACUCUGAUAGUAUCAGGAGAGGGUGCUUUAAAUAGUACAACGACAAUUGACUUCUCGUUAAUUUCUAAUGCACCGGAGCAUAAGAUUACUGUUUACAACGUGAUCGGGGUUGCAACAACUGAAGCAGCAGUGGCCACCACAGCGUCAGAACCAUCAGAAGCCGAGGCUGAGGCACCUAGCACAUCAACUACGGGUUCAACACUCGCAAAAUCAAGCGAAGGCGGAACUGGCGAUGAUUCAACUGACACCACGUCAACCGCUUCAUCAUCAGAGACAAGCUUAGCGGUAACUUCACCGUCGUCCUCAGAUGGAUCCUCAGGCGGAAUCUCAGGCGGUGCUGUUGCCGGAGCUGCCAUCGGCUGUCUUAUUGCUGGUCUUGCUUUGGGACUCAUAGCGGCCUUCAUCCUCUUUCGACGUCGUCGAAGAAGCAACUCUGCUUCUCCAGACUUUAUACAAGCAACACGACCAGAUCCCGAACCAAAGGGUGGGCCGCAAGUCAUUAUAGCAUCGUCAGGACAUGAUGCUGAGCUUUCCCAAUUCCUCCUCGAGGCAACUCCCGACAAGGAGAUACAGGCAGAGUUGCGUUCUUUGUCCGAGCUUAUCUACAACCACGUCGAAAACUAUUACCACGGACCUCAGGUUCAAGCCAACUCUGUCGAAGUAGCUCAGAGCCUCGUCAACAUUGGCUACUCGCCAAAGUUGUCAGGACUGCCAGCAGAAACAGUUUCCGCUGUGUGUCUUGCUCCCAAAACCUGUCAUGUUGGCCUUCGCCAUGUCAUUUCCCACAUCAUCUUUCGGAGCCUCGACUUUGGUUCCGCGAGCGGCCUGUCCAUGCUUCCUCUUCCAGUCGCGGCAAUGGCCCAGGCAAACCCCUCCGCUGAACUCGCAAACAAUCCCGCAAUCUCCCUGGCGCGCUCCAGGUGGCGAAGCCUCUCGGCGCUGCUGUUGCAUCCCAACCCCAGCGAGAGAACACCACUGCCUGUCCCAGAAGCGGAGGCUUAUGCGAAUGCGAACGCCCUGACAAAUGAGCUCAACACGUUUCUGCAGCUGUUUGUUGUGCAGGACGCCGCCAGCCAGCGCAACCAGGCGAAGCAUCUGCAGGAUGUCAUCAUUGAGUGCACCAAACUGGGCUACAUUGUUCUAUCACAGCCGAGUGACUGGGGUUUUGUUUUUAGCAACGACAGAUCGAUGGAUAAAAGCCGCAGGGUUGUUGUGUGCCCAGGUCUGGAGAAGCUGAGCCAUACCGAUGGAACGAGGUAUAGAUUGCCAAUGGAGGUGGCUGCUCCAGAGACUGCACCUCUGUGA